AUGUCCAGGAAGAAAGGGCCCCUGAGUGCAGCCUGUUCGACGUACCCCUCAUCGGGACCGAAAAGGGAUUUCGCAACGGAGGUGGAAUCUCGUCAGGCUAAUGCUGCUAAGAUGUACCCUGCAGGUUACACGGAUGCGUCUAGCUAUGCAUAUGGGCACAAAUACCAGUACGGGCGCUCUCCCCAGCCGCAGAGCUGGGCCUACUAUUACGAACCAGAAAAUUACUCAAGUCCGAGGCCAGUGACGGCUCAGGCUGAAGUAGCUCUCCCUGAGCCGAUCAGCGGUAGCUGGGCAAGGAUACUUGGUGGGGUGCCCCGGUCUCCUAUGCAACCAGUUAUAUUCCCGGCCCACUCGGGAGCAGCCAUAGAAAUCUCGCAGCCAGGACUUUCACCUCGUAAUGAUUUAUUGACUGCCAGUGGAUGGAGAACAAUAGAAGUGGUAGGGGGGCUUUCGGUGGAGAAGCAAGAAAAGAACGCCGAGGUGAAUCAAGAGAAGGAAGAGGAGGGGCUUCAGCGGCAACAGUUUGAGUCAAAGGCGAGCCAGACAGAGCCCACUAGCAGCUCAUCCAAAAAUGUAAAAGACAAUAAGGGUGCGCUUCGGGCCCCCGCUGCCAAGAGGAAACCAGCAGCGGCGAAGAAGUUGCCUAAGGGCCACGCACCACUCCAGCAGCCAGAAGGGGACGAGGCGAUUAGAGAUGACACAGCUCCUGAACCACCCCAGAAUGCCGCCCCAGAACAGUCAUCACCAUCCCGUGCUGAGGCUGAACAGCCAGCAGGUAGAUCAGAGCCCAACGGCCAAGGCAAGGGAAUUGGGGAGGCACUGAAUAAAGGACAAGGCGAAGAUGCAAUAGCAAACGAGAAUGACGUAGUACAUAGGGGACCACCUUUUGCUGGGCCAAAUCAGCAGUCUACGAUGGACACAUCCUCGAAGAGCAAGCAAACAGAUACCCAGGAGGAAAACGAGGCCGCACCCUCCGAUGAACCCUCAGUAGACGGAGAAAAGGAGGAAAAGCAUCUCAACAGUGGAAACCAAAGUCAAUCCCACGUGAAGAAUCCAAGUGAAGAUAAACCCCAUGGUUUUGCGUUAUUUUCCGUAGAAGGGUCCGCCCCUUCAGUUGGCGGCACCCUGGGACCAUUGACUCCUCGACAGCAGAAAUCACCAGGGCAAUACCCUCCGGCUUUUGUUAGGGGGGAAGCUGAUGCACCCGGAGCUACGUGCGGCUGGCCAGUUGGCUACGUGCCUCCUCCAGAUGACAAGUACAAAGAGCUGGUUGUGGGAAGCCAAGUGUACCUGGAAGGAGGCACUUUCUACCUGAGCGAGACUGGAGCAUAUCUUCUGGGGCUGAGAGGCUGA